AUGAAGAAUAGCUCUGCCAACAGCCCUGCGAGCAAGCCUAUGAGGAAUAGCCCUGCCAACGGCCCUGCGAGCAAGCCUGCGAGGAAGCCUGCGAGGAACAGCCCUGCUAACAGCCCUAUAAGCAAGCCUAUGAAGAAUAGCUCUGCCAACAGCCCUGUAAGCAAGCCUAUAAGGAAUAGCCCUGCCAACAGCCCUACGAGCAAGCCUGCCACCGGCCCUGCUACAACCCGGGUCGCCGCGCAGCGACGGUGCGCGCACGUGACGCACACCCAUUACUGGGGCCGCUGA